UUUCUCAAGACUGAUGAUCAUUACAUGAAAGUAGUGUACUUCUCUAUCAUUGGUGUUGGAAUUUUUGUGACGCUUGCAGCUCUGUCUGCUGUUUUCUCAAUGUUGAAAAAAGACAACGGUGCUCCGGUUUUCAUAAUCAACCUUCUCAUUUCGGACCUUAUUCAGCUCAGCACCAUGACUGCUCUGUUACUACCCAAUGCUGGCUCUAUAACCAUGUACACCUACUUUUUAGGUUUGAUGAUCAGUGUUGGAUUCAUGAUCUGUAUCUCAAUAGAAAGGUAUUUGCUGAUCGCCAAGCCAUUAUGGUACAAGUUCAAGCGAGACAUCAAAAUGACUGUGUUGAUCUGUGUCUUUGUCUGGGUCUUUCCUCUUAUUCUAAUUCCCAAUUUCUAUUUGUUUCUCAAUUGUGAGAUCAGAUUUAUAAUCGGUGUUAUUCUCCUCAUCCCCUUUCCCUUCUUCAUCUUCUUCCUAUUUGGGACUGUUAAAGCCCUUUCUACAUGUGUCAGUGUCCCUGCUGUUGAAAAAACAAGAAUUGUUCUCAUUCUGGUAAUAGUUUUGCUAAUGUACUCAAUGCUUUUCCUGCCUAUUAUCAUUUUAUUCAUAUCAGACAAAACUAAUCGAAAUUCACAUCUUGAACGUGCAGCCCCAAUUUGUGUUUUUCUUAGUCCUUUGGUAGACUCUGCUAUGUAUAUUCUAAUGAAAAAAGAUGUCCUGGAGAAUAUUUCUUCCUUAUGCCAUUGCUGCAAAAAUCCCACCAAUCAGCAGACUAACAGUAACGAUGAGAGCAACAUGUCAGUAAUUGAGACGGUCUAA